AUGAAUAAUUGUACAAAGAUAAAAGUUGGAGUAUUGGGAGCAACUGGUACAGUUGGUCAAAGAUUCAUUCAACUGUUAGAGAAUCAUCAACACUUUAAGGUGGCAGUAUUGGGUGCAUCAGCAAACUCUAAAGAUAAGAUAUACAAAGAUGCCGUGCAUUGGUUACUUGCUACACCCAUACCAAGUGAUAUUGCUAAUAUGAAAGUACAUGCAUGUGACGAUAUAGAGGCAUUCAACGAUUGCUUGAUCAUUUUUUCUGCAUUGGAUGCAUCAGUUGCCACCAACCUCGAAAAGACAUUUAGAAUCAAAGGAAAGGCUGUCUUUAGUAAUGCAAAGAGUCAUCGUUAUGACUCUGAUGUUCCCAUUGUCGUUUCAUCUGUCAACUCGGAUCACAUCCGAUGUGUUCAAGACCAAAAGAAAAUGUAUCAAGGUGGUUUCAUUGUAACCAAUCCAAACUGUUCAACUACUGGUGUGGUAGUAGCUCUCAAACCAAUUGUUGCUACUUUUGGUAUCAAAGAAGUAAUUGUAUUUACAAUGCAAUCUGUUUCUGGAGCUGGAUAUCCUGGUGUUCCAUCAUUAGAUAUUUUGGGAAAUGUAAUACCAUAUAUAGGAGAAGAAGAAGAAAAGAUUGAAAUUGAAACAAAGAAAAUAUUGGGAGAAUUAUCAUCGAGUGAUGGAGAACAACCAUCAUCAUCAUUAAAAUUCAAUGAUCAUCCAAUGUUUGUAAGUGCACAUACAAAUAGAGUUCCAGUAUCAGAAGGACAUACAAUAUGUUUAUCAAUUAAAUUGGGAAGGGAAGCUACAGUUGAAGAGGUUAGCAACGUAUUAAAAGGAUAUCACAAAUUGACACCACCAGAGAAUUGUAAACUAUUAAUUUCAGAACCUCCACUGCAUGUGAUUGAUUACCCACAAACACCUAAUCGACCACAACCCAAACUCGACUUGGAAAGAGGUAGAGGAUUAACUGUAACAGUUGGUCGUAUCAGAGGUGGAUCAUAUCAAGGAGGUGGAUCAUUUGACAUUCGUCUCACUCUUCUAGUACAUAAUACUGUUUUAGGUGCUGCAGGUUCAUCCAUUCAAAAUGCUGAAACUUGUUUUAAAUUUGGUUAUAUUCAAUAA